ACAGCGGAGCGCCCGAGAGCGCUCGUCGCUUCCUCUCCUUCUCCCCCCGCUCCGCACUCCAGGGCACCCUCUGCCCUAUCCACGCUGCUUCCCGCUCUCUCUCCUCGCCCCCCAGCAAACUUUCGUUCCCUUCCUGUCCCUCGCCCGUUAUUCGUCGUGGCUCGAGCUCGGCCGCGCCGCCCCGAGGGCUCCUCCCAACCUCCCUACCUGCAGCUCCGACCUUUACAGGACCCAGAAACAUGUCGACCACACUUCUAUCGGCCUUCUACGACUUCGACUUCUUGUACAAGACAGAGAAGUCUCUGGCCAACCUCAAUCUGAACACCAUGCUGGACAAGAAGGCAGUGGGGACCCCCGUGGCCACGGCCCCCGGCUCGACCUUCGCGCCGGGCUUCCUCCGACGGCACUCGGCCAGCAACCUGCACGCGCUCGCCCAGCCCGCGCCCAGCCCCGGUAGCUGCUCGCCCAAGUUCCCGGGUGCCGCGGCUGGAGGCGCGGGCCCCUAUGCGCCCCUCAAGGAGCCGCCGUCGGGGGGCGGCAGCACGGCGCUGCUCAACAAGGAGAAUAAGUUCCGGGACCGCUCGUUCAGUGAGAACGGCGAGCGGAGCCAGCACCUUCUGCACCUGCAGCAGCAGAAGGGCGGCGGCUCGCAGAUCAACUCCACGCGUUACAAGACCGAGCUGUGCCGGCCCUUCGAGGAGAACGGCACGUGCAAGUACGGAGAGAAGUGCCAGUUCGCGCACGGCUUCCACGAGCUGCGCAGCCUCACGCGGCAUCCCAAGUACAAGACGGAGCUGUGCCGCACCUUCCACACCAUCGGCUUCUGCCCGUACGGGCCACGCUGCCACUUCAUCCACAACGCGGACGAGCGGCGGCCCGCGCCGUCGGGGUCUGGGGGCGCCUCGGGGACUCCU